UUGGUGGGGUUUUGAAAGCUCCAGGGGCAGCAAAGCCAGACUGAAGAAAACUAUGCCGGAUCGAAUGACACGAGUGGUGUUACCAAGCGAGAUUGAUCAGGCAUACCUUUUGGAGAAAGCUAGUUAUCCUCAUGAUGAAGCAGCAAGUCUAGAAAUUCUGAAGUACAGACAAGAUGAAGCUCCUGACCUGUUUUUGGGACAUUUUGAGGAAGAUACUCUGAUAGGGUACGUGUGUGCCAGCAGAUAUCAUGGAGAUGAGCUGACAGAGGAAUCCAUGAAAGUUCACAUUCCAGAGGGAGCAAGUGUUUGCAUUCAUUCUGUGGUUGUCUGGGAGAAAAGAAGAAGACAAGGCAUUGCUCUUCAUCUGUUGAAAGAAUUCAUCUACAGGGUAAAAGAGACCCAAUCUGGAGUUUUACGGAUACUGCUGAUAUGCCGUGCUAAGCAUAUUCCCCUGUACACACGAGCAGGGUUUGUCUUAACUGGCCCAUCCAAAGUGCAGCAUGGUCGUGGAACAUGGUUUGCCAUGGAAAUGACAAUCAAUGGAAAGGAAAAUGAAUAUUUUCAGUGAUAAAAGCUCUACACUACAGUAUUAUGUUUAAACAUUUGAAGCAGCAUUCUUUGACAAUCAUUUUAAAAAAUGUAGAUGAAAAUCAAAAUUAGGUUUCAGUUUUAAUCUUGAUUGAAUUUUAAAAGCAUUUUUUAUUAUUCACAAGCAUUAGCAAUUUUAGCAUAUGAAUUUAUGAAUUCAAAGCAGUUCCCUUGUGUAUUUAGCUUUUAAAAUCAUUUCUUUAUGCUUUAUUAAUUUAACAAAUGGACUCAGUUAGGCCAUUGAAGGGUAAAAGCUUUUUUUUUUUU